GAAGCGAAACACCGAAUGCAACGAUGAAACGACCAUUGGAUCGGGUUGAAAGUCUUCAUCUCCAAAACUUGAUCGAAGUUCCAAACCAUCGUUGAGCUCUCUCUGUUAGUUAACUUUCUCUUCGUUCAGCUCAAUCUGGAAUGGAGGAGUACAUGUAUCUUCUUGUCAACUUCUUCCUGAUUGCGGUCGUAGGGUUCAUCUUCAUAGUCAUCGUUGAAGCAUAUAGAAGAAGAAACAAUCAUCUGCAUGUUGAAGUUCCGGCGAUUUUUGAGGAUCCUAACUCGUUGAAACAGGUUCCUUGCCCACAUGUUGUUGAUCCAGCAGAAAAGUACAUGUCCUUGAUAAUUCCUGCAUUCAACGAGGAGCAUAGGCUUCCCGGAGCUCUUGAAGAAACUAUGAAUUAUCUUCAACAACGUGCUUCAAAGGAUCCUUCAUUUUCCUAUGAGGUUGUCAUUAUUGAUGAUGGAAGUGCUGAUGGGACUAAAAGAGUAGCUUUUGAAUUUGUAAGGAAAUACACAGUAGACAAAGUUAGAGUUAUCCUUCUUGGAAGAAAUCAUGGCAAGGGAGAAGCAAUAAGGAAAGGAAUUCUGCAUUCACGUGGUGAGCUAAUUCUUAUGCUUGAUGCUGAUGGAGCAACUAAAGUCACCGACCUAGAAAAGCUUGAAAAUCAGAUUCAAGUUAUUGCUAAAAAGCAAUUUCAACAAGGAAAAUCAAGCCCUAGUGAUCCAACCUUUAGAGUAUCCGAUAUUCCUGUUGCUGCAUUUGGUUCACGAGCUCAUCUUGAAGAGAAGGCUUUGGCUACACGAAAGUGGUACCGCAAUUUUUUGAUGAAGGGGUUCCAUCUUGUGGUUCUCUUGGCUUCUGGUCCAGGAGUUCGUGAUACACAGUGUGGUUUCAAAAUGUUUACUAGGGCAGCAGCAAGGAGGCUUUUUUCAAAUGUCCGCUUGAGAAGGUGGUGUUUUGAUGUUGAAUUAGUCUUUCUGUGCAAAUGGUUUAGGAUCCCAAUUUCAGAAAUUUCUGUCAAUUGGUCUGAAAUUCCAGGAUCCAAGGUAAAUCUUAUGAGCAUACCUAACAUGCUUUGGGAGCUUGUGCUCAUGUCUGCGGGAUACAGGACUGGUAUGUGGAGAAUUUCUGGUUCUACCUAAGCUUUGAUGAUCGAUUUUAACCGGGAAGAAAUAGCGGCAUUUUAUUAUCAAAAAAGAAGAGUGACCCCUUUUCUGGGAGAGCAUAUUAUACUUCCAUGCUUGACCUUGAAGGACAAAGAACAGAAUGCAAUAUUUAAAGUUUUAGGACUAACCAUAACCCUCAGGAUUUUUACCUAUUAGAUUGGGGUCAUGGAGACUCUGGCUCAUUUUGCUGUUGCGUACUGGGUAGACAUAUUUAACAAUUCAUGUUACUAUUGAAUGGGAAAAAGAAAAGGGUUAUUAUCACGUAAGUUUGUACUUGUAAUAUAUUUAUAAUCAAAAUGUUCUAUAGAUAAAAUUUUCAUGUCUUCAUUGCAA